GCCCCAACCCGACGCAUCGAAAUCAAACGCCUCUCUCUCUCUCUCUCCAGUCUCUCCCUCCCCAAUAUGCAAAGCUGUAUUGUGAUGGGAUCAUCUAAGCUGUUUCGUGCGUAGACGGUGGCCGCAGCUUGUCAAGUUCAUUCCAGAUGCAUUCUUUGUAUUUGCUUGGGCAGUAUUGCAGGUCCUAGUCCCAAGUGCUGAUUUGGAGUCUGGUCGCCAUCCUUUCCUAUUGAGCUAUUUUGGAGAAUACAAGUUAACUUUAGUCGUGUUUCUGAAGAUCCUUUCACAAAAUCCAUUAUGAGGAAAGGUGGAAGACUCUAGGAAUUCUCUUGGCUUAAUAAUAUCCCUACCGUUCCUUCUCGGCGAUGGAAGUUGUAACCUGCAGAGUUCCUCCCAAGCAUUCCUCCAUGGCAUUGGAUAUAAUUUACAUCACUAAGCACCACUGUUGCAAUCUAAUUUUAGAUCUCUUGGGUUUUCUUCAUCGAAUGAUAGGAAAAUUGCAUUCAAAAGCGACCUUUUGAGCGUGCUCUCCUUGAUAUAUUGGAAGUAUAAAAUAGAAAACAAUAAUGGGAUCUUCUGUGAUCACUCCUGAGGAUGUUUUGGAGACAUUGAUGAAUGAUGGUACAAUAGAUGCUAUCAGAUUGAAGAUUAUCAAUCAGCUUAAAGCUAAUGAGGAGCUAAAGAAAACCUCAAUAACGAUGGUAGAACAGAGUAAGGUCCUCAACACCCCUGGUGCAGAGAAACAGACCAAAAGGGAGCUGUUUGAUGCACUUCGCCAGGAGCUUGAAGCUCCAGUGCUUGAGAAGGCAUCCAAAUCAGUUUGGGAGUUGAUUUUGGACAGUGAUGGUUUGGGGAAAGAAAUCAGUGAAACUGUUGAGAGAGUAUUCUGUUGUUUAAGUGGCCAAGAACCUCCUCUAUUUCCUUCAGCUUCAAAUUGUGAAGCUCAAACAGAGAAAGAGAAGGAAAAGGAGACUCCGAGCUCUUCAUCACAGAAGCGAAGUUUCAGUGAGACGAGCAUUAACGGUGGGGAUGAAGUCUCGGAAGUGCCUGGUGAUCCAGCUGCUGUACCUGUAGAUUCCAAUCCAGUGUCAUCUUCCAACGCCAAAAAAGUAAAAAACCUGAUCCUCUGAUUGACAACUCUCUUUAUUGCUUACCGGCUUAUAAUUUUCCCUUUACUUUUCAUUGGGGCUGAGAUUAGUAAAAUCUUUUAGGAUACAAUUUGAGAAGUGAAGCCCAUGCAGUUUCUCUUUUUUGUGUAGCCUCCUCUGGGACUGCUUAUGUAUUUCAAAGGCAAAACAUUGUACAUAAUCAUUUGCAAUUAACCAACUUAAUCUUUUGCAA